UUUUCAUAAUAAUUACAUUUAUUGGUAUUUCAAAAUAAUUUUAGUUGUGGUACGUGAAUAAUUAUACAUAAUGGACAAAGUACGGCACUGUAGAAAAUGUCGAUCUCCAUUGCAAUGAAUGCCCUAUAAUUUUCUAGGAAGUUUGAUGGGAGAUGGGAUGAAAAAUAUUUAAUGCGACCCUGAAAACAGGGGAGGGGCAGUCUGGCGGCGCAAGACAGUGGAUUCCCGGUCAAUAAUCGUCGUGUGUUAUGAGCAUUUUAAGGCAAGGAGUUCAACUUUAUAUAAUAUGUCCGGUUUUUUCGUACUAUCCUAAAGGGCUAGUGAAACUUUUUGGUAAUAGUGAAAAGUUUGGAAUCAAAUUCCUAAAUUAGUCCAAAAGAAAGUAGUUCAUUCAUUCUCUCGGUGCUUUAAACAGUGAUGUUCAAUCCCACAUAAUAUUAAAUUACGCUUACGAAGUGUUCCUAUUAAUCAAACUUAAAUUAUUUUAGAGGAUUUGAUAUGGAUAUCCUCGAAAAAUCCUAAAAGUAUGAAAGACGGAAUACGUUUUUCAACUUGGGUAUUUUUAUUUACAAUUGGUUAUUCAUCAUGUGUCAAUGUUCAUUUCGAAAACAAAGAUGGUGGUUUCUUUAUAAAACAACAAACACGUCAACAUUUUUCCAAUCCAGAAACUAUAAACAAUGCAGCUACGGGCAGUGGAGUUCCUUUAUCGAUUGAUAAAUUUACAGUUUUCCAAAAAUCCCAACCGAUUUCAGUUAGAGCUACUUAUGGCCCGUUUAGUACAAAACAAACUGUACCGGCGAAAUACAUCGUACCGGAUCCUUUACCUGUAAAUACCUCAGGACCUAGUAUUGAUUUACAAGACCAAGCAACUCACCAUCUUGACAUGUCCGCUCACAUUGUCCGGGACGAAAUACCAAGAGAUUCUCCAGUACUACGAGUGCUAUUUCAUACCGGUACUGAUCCAGGAGGCAGACGACAAGUGUUAUUAGCGAGACACCAUCAAAGAGUGUGUAUCGUCCUUCACGCUACUAUGGGAAAUAGGACGCCAUUACAUGCGGCUUGCAGUCCAGAUGGGGAAGACGGAGUUUGUUUAGCUCAGGUUACCAUUCCACCUUCGUGGUGGCCACCCCUACCGUCACCUGAUAAGGAUGGCAGGCCAGGAAAACUUACCAAAACACCCCCUAGAUUAGUACAAGUCGCAUAUUCGGUACUGGAACCUUGGCCAGACGAAGGAGAAGGUUGUCAUCCGAAGAUGCAAGUACAACCAUCAGCUACACUAGGCAACGUUAAACUAGUACCAGCUAAAGGAGCUUAUAAGGAAUUGAAACUAACAGAUGCCGUUACAAUAUUAGUUCCCCAUCCACCUCUGUUUCCAAUGUCGAGGAUUUAUGUGCCCGUUUUUGUCGAUAGGGAAAAAUCCAAAUUGAUGACCGCGAUUGUUGUUAAAGCAAGAAUGAAGAGCGGUGUUCGUUUUUUGGAAGCAGUACCAAUCGAAGGCAUACCUUGGAACGUUACCAUUGAUAUUAAUCCUCGACAUACAAGCGCAACUGUAACUUUAAUCAGAAAAGAACCUCCAGAUACUAAUUCAGCAAUAAUACCAGGAGAUGUCAUUGAAUUGUUUUCGUGGUUGAUCGAAAUAUCCGAAGACGCUACUGAAAACUAUGAUGGUAGUAAAAUUGUUUGGUCGGCUAGAUAUGAGCCUCAUCAAGAUCAGGAUAUUGAAGGCGAUAAUCGUAAGGAUAUCAGAAAAUUGAUUACACGUUUCGAGAUACAAAAAGACGAUAUACAAGCAGUCGUACCUAUAAGUAAAAAUUGGGAAGUAUUGAAUACUGCAGUGUUAACAGGUCUCCAAGUAUCCCAAACAAUGAAAGUAUUUAUUGUAUCUCAAGCUGGUAAAGCUGCCGAUGUAACUUUUCAGUCAUCUUGUCAUUCUGAAGACGAAAGCGUAUUAAAGGUUUCAUCGUCUUGUGGUUCGGUUUACGUAGAUGGUAGUGAAGCUAGGGGUUCCGAAAAUGGUUCAGUUAUAGUCAAAUAUGGUACAUAUACUGGGAUAGCUCAAUUCACUGUAUGGAUGCCAGAGUUUCCUUUGGAUUUAUAUGUGGCCGAUACAAGAUUAUCGCAACUGAAAUCAUGGAGGGUACCGGAUUAUCAUCCUAGUAUGUCUAAAGCGAGGAAGAGAAGGCGACGUUCUUUGGAUAGUAACUGGGGUGUUACAUCAAUCGAUGAAACCGGUAACGUAGUGGACAAACCUAUAUGUCGAUUACGAUACCAACAAACUUCUGUUGAUGUAUACGCACGUUUCCUAGCAUCCGAUCACUCAUCAGGACACAUAAGCUAUUUAAUAAACAGAAGAACGUUCCUGAGAGUAACCGAUUUGGUUUUACCGUGGUUACGAGUUAGUGAUCCGAGAAUAGCUAGUUUACACGGUAGGAUUUUACAAGGUAGAAGUGUAGGUAGGACUGAAGUACAGGUUUUAUCACCGAUAACUAGUAGAGUUUAUGGUUCGAAAGAAGUUAGAGUCGGUAAUGAUAAAGUUGGUUUAACCAAACUUUACGUACAAGUAGUUUCCGGACUGCAACUUAAUAUUUCUCCUGAUAGUUCAUUGGAGAACGUUUAUGUGGCCGAAACCGGUAUCACUAGGAAAUUAACUGCUCAAUAUCAGGAAGGACUACUGGAUAUUGAACUGGAAUUUUCUGACAGACAGAAAACUCCUCUAAGGGAUAUUGCUGAUACUGAUUAUCAUCUAGUAGUUGAAAGUUUAGAUCCUGAAGUGGUGGCUUUCGCUCCGAUGGUCGCUUCUCAUCAUCCAAGAGUAAUAGCUGUUGGAGAAGGUAGCGGAGAUCUAUUGCAGGUGACUUUGUUAUUAGCGGAAGAAUGUAGAAAUAGCGGUAAACCGAAAACUAAGGCUACAGGACCCUUAGCUUCGGCUUCUGCAACUAUUAACGUCGAUUUUAGUUCGAUUGAUCUUCAUCGACCUGACAUUUUACAAAAUGACGGUGGUAGUUACGGUUCAUCGAAGGCUAGAGAAUUUUCAGAUCUUCAGGAUAUCCUGAAAGGUUCUUCAAUUCAUUUGGAAAAUUCUGAUGAGCCUAACGUAUUAGCACGACAAUUUCAAGGAAACAAAGGAAUAUCUCGUCAAUUAUCACCGCAUCAUUCUACUCCUCUAGAAAUUAGCAUGUACGUUUUGCUUGCCGCAUUUUGUUGCGCCAUCUUGGUUUUUGUUGUAUCCUGUGUUGUAUACGCAUCGAAGUUCAAACCGAUUAAUCCUAAUAUUUCACCCGGUAUUCAUACAACAUCGACAAAUUUCAUAAUCCAACAUGAAUCUAACCAAAAAUCGAAAGAAUCUACCACCAACGCUCACGAUUGGGUCUGGUUAGGUAGAGCUACCAUAGAACCGCCAUCACAAUACGUAAACAACACUACGGAUAUGAGGAUCAUUACGAAUCCUUUGAAUAUGAAUUAUUGCGAACCGGACGAUUCUCUUAUGGGGAACAGUUUCAGUAACCCCACGCAUAUAGAACUACCGGCUACCGAUAACGGAAAUUCUAACAGGCAGAUCGAUAGCAGAACUUAUUCCAGAGGGAAAGAAAGUGGACAAAAAGUUGAGAUUUCCAAUGAUAACGAUACAGAUAUACAAGUUUGGAACAAACCGACUCCACCGCCACCGUUACCAUCACAUUCCCCUAAUAAUAAUAAUAAUAAGAAUAAUUCGAAUGAUGAUUAUAAACCGCCUGUACCUCCACACCGUAAUUUAAGCGUUUCUACAACUUCUUCUGAUUCUCCUCUUCCUAAAAAAUCUCAACAUCACCACCAUCACCGUAACAAGAAUCAAGACAAAAUUAAUCAACACAGAUUAUCGGAUGAUAUACCACUUUCGAAAACCCAAAUACCCACUCAGGUAAACGUUCCAAAGCAAAAUACAGAAAGUUGUACAGAAAAAGAUAUAUUUGAAUUUGACGACGAACCUCAAGAAUCUCCAAAACGUGACGAUAAUAUCGAGUUUGUACAGUAUUCAAAUAAUCCCAGUAAUAGAAAUAGCACGGAAGUAAAAACAGCAACCAUAGUGGGCAAUCCAAUGUUUAACGUCGAUGCAACAAAUAUUGAAACGGGUAAUAAAUCCAUGGAGCUACCAGGUCUCGAUGAUUUGCAACUAGACAUGGAUUACGAUCAAAUCAUGCAGUAUUUCGAAAAUCUCAAGGAAUCGAAUGCCUGAGUAGAAGAGAUCAUUGCAAAGAUCCGUGGUAUUUUGCUUUCGUUUAGCGAGCAAUACAAAGCUGCGGCUUUAAAUGAACAUCCUCAUUAUCCCGCAACGAAUCCGACAUGUAGUUUCGACUAUUUUUUCGAUUUCGUCAGCGAGUCGUACGCUUAAAUCGCCGUUGUGUACCUUAAAAAUGCACAAGACUGACUUAAUUGAUCAAUAAAUUGAAUUAAUUAGCCAAUAUCCAAAUAUAAAAAUCCUAUAUUGCUUAGCUGUUGGGCAUUAUAUAAUUUUUUUGGCAGUAAGGCUAAAAAGGCUGCUAGAUAUUAACCGAGUUUAUAUACAAAAUAUUCUAAAGUCUGUUUUUUAAAUUGAUAAUAACCUUUAGUUAUUUUUUUUCUCAAACUACUGUUUGGAAAUGUAACAAAUUUUAACAAUCAUCUGAUUUAGUAAUUAGAAAAACAGUGAAAGAGCUAUAAUUUAUAUAAAAAGAAGUAUGCGGAUACUGGCUUAUUAAAUUCACAUGUUAGUCGCCUUUUGAACCCAGUUUUAACAAAAAUAUUUCAGCAGUACUCUGUUAUAGAUAAAAUCAGUAAUAUUUUGGAUUUGUAAGAACCUAACCUUAUAAUUGGUUAAAAAAAUGCAAAAGUUGUUGAAUAGUACAUACGAGUAUAUCUCAAAUAUCUCAGUUUUGUCCAAAAAAAUCAAUUUAUUUGUAUCUUCUUCUCAAGAAAAUUGGUUAUUUUUCCUUUUUUCUUCACCUCUGAUAAUAUUAGGAAUAGUUUUCCUAGGUUUUGUCUUCUAGUUUUUUAGCAGUUUUCGAAAAGGUCUCUUUCCAAGUUCCAUUUUAUCCCUAGACAAUUAUUUUUCUCCCUUACCUUAUAUUUUCGUCUCCUUUCAUAUACUAUUCAACAUUUUUGUUAUAAAUCAUUGUACUAUUCCUAUUAGUGGUCAAAAGAUUAUCCUUUUUGUCAUUUUUCUUCGUAUUUACUUUUAUACUUUCCGUUGUCUUACUUUUUGAUAUAUUCUCUUUUGGUGUUAUUGCCCUAAAUUUAUAAUUAUUUUUGGGUCAGUACCCACUCAUAUUUUUCAUUAUUGGUACCUUGAACCAAUUAAUUGGACAAAUUUUACAAAAAGAUAUCGGAGAGACCAUCAUCUGGAACAAAUACAUACUGAAUUUACCAAUAUAACAAGUAUUGUGUUUGUAAUUGAAAAAAAAACCAAAAAUCAUUUAAACCAUUAAAAAAUUAUGAAUAAAUUAGUUUUUAAGUGUUCUCAAUAUUAUAAUUUGGUGUAUAAUCUAUGUAUACUUUUAUAUAUUAAUAGGAAACAGUUACCAUAACUCCAGGGGUGAUUUUCAUUUCCUGUCAGAUAUUUUGAAUCUAUAAUAGUGAAAAUCUAAUCUUAAUAAACGAAAAAAUCACGAGAGUUUUGGUAAAAAUCUAAUUUUCCACUAUAUUUAACCGGUAAUUGUUAAAAAAAUGAUUUUAAAAAGGUGGUGACAAGAGUAGAAAGUCGGAUCGAUUCUCAGAGGAUUUUUGCAGUGAUCAAAAAAAAAUUAGCCGUUAGUGUUUUUCUAGUCAAAAUAAUGAAGCUUUAUUUGAAAAAAAAAAAAGAAUAUACUCACUUUUAUACUGAGUUUUCACUAGUAUAUUAAUGCACAAAUAGUUACGAACAAUCCUAAAACGCUUUCCAGCUUCCAAAAUGCUUUAUCGUUAAAAACGUUAAAUAAACUAGUGAAAAUCAACUUUGAUUCGAUUUAAAUAAUAAAAUUUUUGUAAUUAGAGUUAUAGACAUCCAUAUUUGACCGCUGUACAAUAAAACUACUCGCUAACACACUUAAAAUCCACUAUUUCGUUCAUAUCCGGCUCGAAGGACCAACUUAACGUUUUAAAUAUUGUCCAAUUUCAGGUUAAAGUCAACUCUUGAUUGAAUUUAAUUAAAAAUAUGAACAAAUGAAACUCUAAUUGCAAAAAAUUUAUUUGUUAGCCAGUAUUUUUACUAGUUUAUGAACAACACACUUAUCUUCCCGCAGGAAAUCUCAAAUUCAAGGAAAUAUGAAAUUUUAAACGAUUUACUUGUCAAUUCCACCAUAUCGUAUUUACUUUAGAUAUUUUAGGAUGACAUUUUGGAAGCAAUAAAAAUUCUCACAUCAUUUUGAAUUUGAGUUUUUCUGCGUAUUUGUUUUUAUAUUUAAAAAUACGGGUUGUAACGGAGUAUUUAGGAUUUUUUUCUUGACAUUCCAUACUGUAUACAAGAUUAUUUUAUAGUUUAAUCCUUCAUAUAACAUUCCAUAUAAAAUACCCGUUAUCACUAAUUUUAAACUUUUUUUUCAAAAUUCCUUGAUAUUCCAUAGCUGUGUAGUCAUUUAAGUCAACGCUUUGUCACAGGGAAAAGAAGAAUAAUUCAUCUAGCCUCGUUACAAAAUUUCAACAGCCACAGCUUUUGACCAAAUUUUAAUUACCAUUUUACAAAAAAAUCUGUUUCAAAUUCAAAGGGGCAUGAGACUCUAUAUUAUGGACCGAAGCCCUAAUGUGGUCCCAUGAGAUGAGAUCAACAACAAACUGAAUAGCUGGCAAAAGGAUCAGAUGAGAAUGAUAAUCACGGCAUCAAAGAAGUCUGAAAAUCUUCUGGAGAUGUUUAGAAAUGACAUUAAACUGGUGGUAAGUCUUCGAAUUGGUCAAAUAUCAUCUUAAGACGAUAAUCAUGGCAGAGAACGAUAACUGUAGAUUCUGUGUGUGAAUAUUGCAGGACAUCUACUGUACAAACGUCCUACCCAUUCCAGAUAUACGAUUUGGUACCUCGAAGUAGUGCUAAUAUAUAAUAUUUUAGAGGCAAUACACAAAAAUCUUUUUAGGUAUAGAUGCACAGCAUUGGGUAAGUGUGUGUCACCCAAUAAAUAAUUACCCCACAUAAAAUCCUAAAUACUCUGCAUUGUUGGUUUCCUCCAACCUAGUUUCUUAUUCAAAAAUUAAAUAAACGUAUUCCGCUGUCUGCUAAUUGCGAAGACGCUUGAAAUAUUAUUUUCUAUGUGGAAUUAUUGACGAAAUAUUUCAAUGUUUACGUACUUUGAAAAAUAUUUGUUGUUAUUUUUGCAAAUAUAUAAUUUGAUUAAUAAAAUAAUUUGAAAAUAAAUUAUUUCUUCAAAAAAAUCCAAAAAAAUGAGUAUUGGAAGUCUUUGAGACUCUGUUAUUUUUUAUUAACACAUCUUCCUAAUGGUUUAGGUUGAUAUGUAAAAAUUAAUUUAUUUUGAUUAAUUCAAAAAAAUGCAACAAAUAUUUAAUUCGUACUUUAGAAGAUAUAAGAAUAAUAAGUGUGUUUGCAGUAAAUAUAUAUAUAGUUUAGUUUAUUUGUAAAUUUUUGUAUAAUAUGAUGGUGUAAAUAACUACAUUCUGUGUAUUCCCCCUGACUGAAGAAUAUUUAAGAUUUGUGUUCUAAAUAAUGUAUUACUAAAUAGCGUUUAUGUAAAUUUCUUUGUAUAUAAACUCGCCUAAGUAGAA